AUGGCCUUCAUGGGUGCCCAGCGCCCCACCAAAUACACGGCGGUAGCAACUGCGAUAAAGCUGAAGAAGCCGUGCCAACUCAGCAAGAAUGAUCCUGACGAGAUUAAGAAUGGCCCUAUAUCGAUUUCAAUCAUUUGCUACCUUUGCAUGCGUCGCUCCCCAAUAUCCAAGGAAUUGUUGCAAUUUGCAUUUGAACCAUUCCUCUUGCAGGGGAUGAUAGUUAACUCACACGGCAGGUCAAAAAUAGCGGUGUACAGUUCGUGUGUCAAUAGAAUGCAGAGUAGUGUAGACGGGUUUCUGGACUAUAUGACAGUCGAGCGUGGCGUAUCGCCAAAUACGCUUGCCGCCUAUGGAAGUGAUCUGGCCCAGCUUAUUGAGUACUUGAAGACCAACUACUUCAACGGCAACGGCGGGGGAUGGGAAGGCGUUGACGAGGACAUGAUGUCGCAGUAUUACUUCAUCUUCAUGCAUUGGAGUAUUCCGAUACGACUCGAGCUCGUAAAGUCGCUUCGAGCAAGUCGCUCUUCAAUUUCCUGGUCGACGAAGGUAUAG